AUGUAUACGUGUAUAAAUCCAUUGCUAAGAUGGUUUCAUCGUCAGACCGAUUUGUUGGCGAUUAUCGCAUGCUUCGUCCUAUUUCCUUUGAAAGUGAUCGUCGUACUUGUCCUCAGGCAAGAUAUUCAAGAGUUAUUCGGCGAAAUUGUCUACGCUGGUAAUCGACAAUUGUACAGGCAUUGGGCCGCUGUGGAUCCAACGGAUGAAGAUAGCUCAGGCGGUGAUCUGAACUCAGCGCUACAAUACAGUAUGGACACAAUCACAAGUACUACAUCGCUGAUGAAGCCUCGACGUGUAUUUGGUGCCUAA